CAGGGAAACACCGUACACAUCUCAGGAGCAAAUCAAGAGCUUCAGUGACAAGACUGUGAACGUCAUACACAUGCAGAACUGGAGUGUCAUAACAAUAUGAACAUAUUGAGCUCUAGUGGCGAGGAAGGCGUUUGUGCAGAAAUGACUAUGGUCUGUUUGAAUGAUUUUGAGAAAUAUGCCAAGCAGCACCUCUCAAAGUUAGCAUGGGACUAUUAUGAAGCCGGAGCUGAUGAAUGUACAACCAGAGAUGACAACCUGCAGGCUUAUAAACGGAUCCGCCUCAGGCCACGGAUCUUACGGGAUGUGUCGAUCAAUGACACUCAGACCACUGUGCUGGGAACGGAAAUAAGCUUUCCUGUGGGAAUUGCUCCCACAGCCUUCCACUGCCUUGCAUGGCAUGAGGGAGAACUAGCCACUGCUAGAGCCACUGAAGCAGUGAACACCUGUUACAUAACCAGCACAUACUCCACAUGUUCAGUGGAGGAGAUCGCAGAAGCAGCACCUGACGGGUAUCGUUGGUUCCAGCUGUACUUGUACCGGGACCGUAAGCUCUCGGAGCAGAUUAUACACAGAGUGGAGGCACUUGGCUACAAAGCUCUGGUGUUUACAGUGGACGUGCCCUACACCGGCAAACGCCGCAAUGACAUACGCAACCAGUUUAAGCUCCCACCUCACCUGAAGGUCAAGAACUUUGAUGGGAUGUUUCAGGACCAGGCAGAAUCCCAGGAGAAGUACGGGACCCCAGCUAAUACCCUGGACCCGUCGAUCAGCUGGAAGGAUGUGGGCUGGCUCCAGUCUAUAACACGGCUGCCUAUAAUCAUCAAGGGCAUCCUUACUAAAGAGGAUGCAGAGCUGGCUGUAGAGCAUGGCGUCCAGGGAAUAAUUGUGUCUAAUCAUGGGGGCCGACAACUGGAUGGAGGUCCCGCAACAAUAGAUUGUCUGCCUGAGAUUGUGGAUACAGUGCAGGGCCGGGUCGAGGUCUACAUGGAUGGAGGGAUCCGCACUGGCAAUGACGUGCUGAAGGCCAUAGCCUUGGGAGCCAAAUGUGUGUUUAUUGGCAGACCAGCAAUCUGGGGUCUCGCUUACAAGGGUGAGGAAGGAUUGAGAGAGAUCUUGCAGAUACUACAGGAUGAGCUUCGUUUAUCCAUGGCGCUGUCAGGUUGCAGAAAUGUUGCUGAGAUCAACAGGAACCUCAUUCAGUUCUCCAGACUUUGAACAGCAAAAGGGACUCUAGUAAUUUCUACUUUAGCACAGAGAGCAGAGCACUGCAAAGGUCCACUUUAUCCACUAUUAAUACUAAAUGUAUUCAGGAAACUAUUGUUGCUUUAAGUCACAAGAAUGACAUUAAAGCAAAUGUUCACUGUGUCUGCAUUGUUUUAAUACAGUUUUUGUUUAUUAUGAA